GUCCCUGUCGAUGGGCAACAUGCUGGUGUCCCAUUGUGGCAAGCUGACAAGCAUAAUAUCUCUUCACUUGCGUCUCUUUCCCUGGACCCCAAAUAUUUAUGGUUCAGAUCAGAAUUCACGCCUUCUUCCGUUUCCCCGAAGGUAGACCUUUCUGUCUGUUGAAAAUUCAAUACUCUCAUGGACUCUCUUUCAGCCUCGCUAUAGACAGCUUUGUGUGGCUCUUGUGGAGAAUGUGGACAAAGGUCAGACAAGCCACCCCCCUGUAAUUAAAAUUAUUCGGUGCUGCUCUGAAUUUCAACCUGCUCAUGUUCUCCUUCAUUCUUCACCUUCUUCCUGUCCUCUGUCUCCACCUCUCUGCGACGGUGGCCACCGAAAACCCUCCUCCGUAUGAUCCCACUGAUACUAUAUUUCUCAACUGCGGAGAAUUAUCAAACACCACAGUGAAAAUUGAUGGGAGGAGCUGGGAUGGCGAUGAGCACUCCAAAUUCUUCUCCGACUCUGAAACCAACUCCUUUGUAUCCACAGCACCUUACCAAGAUCAAUCUGUCACCGCAGUUCCUUACAUGAAAGCACGCAUCAUUCGAUCCAAUUUCACCUACACCUUCCCCGUCUCCGCCGGACCAAUAUUCCUCCGGCUAUACUUCUACCCAGUUUCGUACUCCGGCCUCGAUAUAACCACUUCCUUUUUCUCUGUCUCUGCUAAUUCGUACACCCUUUUAAACAACUUCAGCGCUUAUCUCACUGUUUCCGCCAUUGAUCCUCCUGUUGCUGAUAUGAUUAAAGAAUUUGUCAUCACCAUCUCGGAAGAGCAAAUAUUGAAUCUAAACUUCAACCCAUCUCCAAGUUCCUUUGCGUUCAUCAACGGAAUAGAGGUAGUUUCGAUGCCAGAAAAUUUAUAUGUCAAACAAACUGAUACCCCCAUCACUUUUGUAAACAACAGAAAUAGCUUCUUCUAUUAUGAUAAACCUGUCGCUCUCGAAAGAGCUUACAGGCUAAACGUUGGAGGCCCACAAGUUUCCGGUGCAGAUGACACCGGCAUGUUCAGGGAAUGGAGUAACGAUUUGAAUUACAUAAGUCCCCAAGCUCGUGGCACCACGCCUUUUCUGUCUAAUGCAACAAUAAAUUACACCACAAAAACUCCGCAAUACGUUGCACCGACGAUCGUCUACACCACUUUCCGGACAAUGUAUCCUGAUCCUUUUGUUAACAAGAAUUUUAACCUCACAUGGCUCUUCUCAGUUGAUCCAGGGUUCAGUUAUCUUGUUAGACUCCAUUUUUGCGAGACUAUGAUGGAGGUAACUCGUGAAAAUCAGCGAGUGUUUUCUAUUUUCAUCAACAAUCAGACGGCGGAAGAAGAUGCGGAUGUAAUUCAUUUGGCCGGCGGUUCCGAUAUUCCGGUAUACCAAGACUUUGUUGUGUGGGUUCCGAUUCAAAACGCCAGUAAGCAGGAAUUCUGGCUCGAAUUGCACCCCAUGUUGGACCUGGAUCCAUUGCCAAGAUACGCCAAUGCUAUCUUGAAUGGUCUAGAGAUUUUCAAAUUAAACAAUCCUAAUGGCAAUCUCGCCGGACAAAACCCUGAUUGGAAGCCGAGGCCUAAACCACAACAACCGCAGUCAAGUUCACCGGAGAGAACGAAAAAUAUGAGGAGGUUACUAAUUGUUAUUAUUAUCGCGGCUGUGCUUGGAGUUGCCUCUUUAAUUUCGCUUCUGUGUUUCAUCGUUUCACGGCGGAGGAGGAAAGUAGCCAAAGAAUCAGCUUCCGGGACAACAAAACAGACCAAAUCAUCGUGGGGUCCGAUCUCUUACACAGUAACCUCCAUAAACACCAACGCUUCAUCAUUACCUUCCGAUCUUUGCCGCCGAUUUUCCAUCGUUGAAAUCAGAGAGGCGACAUCCGAUUUCGAUGAUCAAUAUAUAAUUGGCUCGGGAGGAUUUGGCAAUGUGUAUAAAGGAUAUGUCGAUGAUGGCUCCACAACAGUGGCGAUCAAACGAUUGAAUUCAUCGUCCAAUCAAGGAAUCCGCGAGUUUCAUACGGAGAUUGAGAUGAUCUCAAAAGUUCGACAUCUUCAUAUCGUCUCUCUGAUAGGUUACUGUGUUGAUUUGGGCGAAAUGAUUCUCGUUUACGAGUAUAUGUCACGCGGCAACCUCAGAGAUCAUCUCUACAAAACCAAGAACCCUCCAUUGCCAUGGAGUCGUCGCCUUGAAAUCUGCAUCGGCGCGGCGCGAGGGCUGCAUUAUCUUCAUACAGGUGCGAAGAACGUGAUCAUUCACCGCGACGUCAAGUCAACCAACAUGCUACUGGAUAAGAAUUGGGUGGCCAAGCUUUCCGAUUUUGGAUUAUCAAAAACGGGUCCCACUGGUAGGUCCCAGACCCACGUCAGCACUGUUGUGAAGGGUAGUUUCGGGUACGUUGACCCGGAAUAUUUCCGCAGGCAGCAUCUCACAGAAAAGUCCGAUGUAUACUCAUUUGGCGUAGUGCUGUUAGAGGUACUUUGUGCGAGGCCCCCUGUGAUAACCGGCGUACCGAAAGAGGAAGCGAGUUUGGUUUCAUGGGCCAGGCUUUGGCUUGCCAGAGGUGACUUAGAACAAAUCGUGGACCCGAAUUUGAAGGGCCAGAUUGCUUCAGAGUGUUUGAUCAAGUUCGUUGAGAUAGCCGAGACGUGUGUGCGUAACGACGGAAUCCAACGACCGAUGAUGGGCGAUGUGGUGUGGGGUCUAGAAUUUGCAUUACAACUUCAGGAGGCCAGCGAAAAGAACACCAAUGGCUGGAAUAUGAAUCGAGAGAAUGAGAUGAACGACGAUAACCCGUUACUAUCGACAUGUGGAGAGGUGAAUACCACUGAUGAAGAUGAAAUCUUUAGUGGCAGUGGGUCAGAUAGACACGUGUCAGGAUCAAAGAGCACAAUCAGCAGUGAUAGGAAGAGUAUGACCCCACAUGAUGAUAGAGUACUAAGAUGCGAUAGUGUCUUCUCAGAAAUUAUGAAUCCGAAAGGAAGGUAAAGUGUGUAAAUUGUGAGAGUGGGGCCUGGAUUUAAAAUUGAACUGGGCCGGUUCCAUAUUUAAUGGGUAAAUAUCCAAUAAAUGGAGGAUUAUGGGCCGGGCUUUCUCUGUAUUCGCCAUGGCCCAUGGGAGAAUAUAAGUGUUUGAAUUACAAAAUGUAAGAAGUAUAAAAUGACAAGAGAAGAGCAUAUGUGUAAUUUUUCAAAACUUAGCAUUUUCAUAUCUUAUUGUAAAAUCAAUAUUGUAUACAUUACACUAUCAUUCCCAAA